CAAGGCUGCUUCUCCCGCUUUCAGGCUGCGGCUGCAGGAACCGCGAGCCCGGAGCACCCACGAGCUGAGUGUGCAGGACGCACCCCAGCACAGCCACCUACGGCCGCUGAAUGAAGCUUCCAGGAGUCCGCCCCCGGCCGGCUGCGCCCCGUCGGAGGUGCACCCGCUGAGAGCGCCUGGGUGUGCUCACCUGCUAGCCUGCCAGCCAUGGGGCCACACGGGAACGACAGCGACUUCUUGCUGGCACCCAACGGAAGCCGAGCGCCAGACCACGACAUCACUCAGGAACGGGACGAAGCGUGGGUGGUGGGUAUGGCCAUCCUCAUGUCGGUUAUCGUCCUGGCCAUCGUGUUUGGCAAUGUGCUGGUCAUCACAGCCAUUGCCAAGUUCGAGAGACUACAAACCGUCACCAACUACUUCAUAGUCUCCUUGGCGUGUGCUGACCUACUCAUGGGCCUAGCGGUGGUGCCGUUUGGGGCCAGUCACAUCCUAAUGAAAAUGUGGAAUUUUGGCAACUUCUGGUGCGAGUUCUGGACUGCCAUUGAUGUGUUGUGCGUCACAGCGAGCAUCGAGACCCUGUGCGUGAUUGCAGUGGAUCGCUAUGUUGCUAUCACAUCGCCCUUCAAGUACCAGAGCCUGCUGACCAAGAAUAAGGCCCGAGUGGUCAUUCUGAUGGUGUGGAUUGUUUCUGGCCUUACCUCCUUUUUGCCUAUCCAGAUGCACUGGUACCGUGCCACCCACAAGAAAGCUAUCGACUGUUACACCGAGGAGACUUGCUGUGACUUCUUCACGAACCAGGCCUACGCCAUCGCUUCCUCGAUCGUGUCUUUCUACGUGCCCCUGGUGGUGAUGGUCUUUGUCUAUUCCCGGGUCUUCCAGGUGGCCAAAAGGCAGCUGCAGAAGAUAGACAAAGCUGAAGGAAGAUUCCACGCCCAAAACCUCAGCCAGGUGGAGCAGGAUGGGCGGAGCGGCCACGGACACCGAAGGUCCUCCAAGUUCUGCUUGAAAGACCACAAAGCCCUCAAGACUUUGGGCAUCAUCAUGGGCACAUUCACCCUCUGCUGGCUGCCCUUCUUCAUUGUCAAUAUCGUGCACGUCAUCAGGAACAAUCUCAUCCCUAAGGAAGUUUACAUCCUCCUUAACUGGCUGGGCUAUGUCAACUCUGCCUUCAAUCCUCUUAUCUACUGUCGGAGUCCAGAUUUCAGGAUUGCCUUUCAAGAGCUUCUGUGCCUUCGCAGGUCUUCUUCGAAAACCUAUGGGAACGGCUACUCCAGCAAUAGCAACGGCAGAACGGACUACACAGGGGAGCCGAGCACAUGUCAGCUGGGGCAGGAGAGAGAACAGGAACUGCUGUGUGAGGACCCCCCAGGCAUGGAAGGCUUUGUGAACUGUCAAGGUACUGUGCCUAGCCUUAGCGUUGACUCCCAAGGAAGGAACUGUAGUACAAAUGACUCGCCACUGUAAUACGGGCUUUCUACUCUCUAAGACCCCUCCCUGACAGGACACUAACCAGACUAUUUAACUUGAGUGUAAUAACUUUAGAAUAAAAUUGUAUAGAGAUUUGCAGAAGGGGGGGGACAUCCUUCUG